CCCCAAAACAGAACGCUGAAGCUCAGAAAGGUCAAGUGACUUAGGCCUGGCCACACAGCUGGUUGGCUUUGGGGGGGGCUUCCCUGCUGAAGUGAUAAGGAGGUUCCCUGGGUGACACGCCACUCCAAGGUGGCUCCGGGAACCGCUCUCUCCGAGAACCUCUGUGUGAGCUGAUGGAGGACCCGACUUCCCACACCCUCUCUGUCCCCAGCUGAGAUUAUGGUGGAUUUGGGCUCCGGCCCAGGCCAGGGCCUCCAGCUGCUGACCCAGCCCCAGCCUCAGCCCCGGAGGCAUUAGCCAGAGCCCUGCCAAGACCACCCCUCCCGCCAGGGGCCUGGGGCUGGCAAGUGACUAUGCGGCUUGGACUGUGUGUGGUGGCCCUGGUUCUGAGCUGGGUGCACCUCGCUGUCGGCAACCGGGGGAUCAAAGGCAAGAGGCACAGACGGAUCAGUGCAGAGGGAAGCCAGGCCUGUACCAAAGGCUGUGAGCUCUGCUCGGAGGUCAACGGCUGCCUCAAGUGCUCACCCAAGCUCUUCAUCCUGCUGGAGAGGAACGACAUCCGCCAGGUGGGCGUCUGCUUGCCGUCCUGCCCGCCUGGAUACUUCGAUGCCCGCAACCCCGACAUGAACAAGUGCAUCAAAUGCAAGAUCGAGCACUGUGAGGCCUGCUUCAGCCACAACUUCUGCACCAAGUGCCAGGAAGGCCUGUACUUACACAAGGGCCGCUGCUAUCCUUCCUGUCCAGAGGGCUCCACCCCAGCCAACGGCACCCUGGAGUGUAGCAGUCCUGCGCAAUGUGAAAUGAGCGAGUGGUCCCCGUGGGGGCCCUGCUCCAAGAAGAAGAAGCUCUGUGGUUUCCGGAAGGGCACUGAGGAGCGGACGCGCAGGGUGCUCUAUGCUCCUGGUGGGGACCAUGCCACCUGCUCUGACACCAAGGAGAUGCGGAGGUGCACGGUGCGGAGGACGCCGUGUCCUGAGGGGCAAGAGAGGAGGAAGGGAGGUCAGGGCCGGAGGGAGAACGCCAACAGAAACUCAGCCAGGAAGGACAGCAAGAAGGCAGGCCUGGGUUCUCGGAGACGCAAGGGGAAGCCACAGCCACAACCAGGGACCACGGGACCACCCACGUCUGCGGGGCCCACCUAGGCACAGCCUCCUGCCUGGCCCAUGCAGAAGAGCUCAGCUCUGCUCUGCGUCAUGAACACGUUCCAGAACUGGAGUGUCAGAGCAGCUCAUGCAUAUACACUCCAUCCAUGCACGCACGCACACACACACACACACACACACACACACACACAAUACCACCCACAGACACCUCCAUGCAUCC